AUGCAGGAGAGGGCUUUGCUGCUGAUCCCACGCUCAGGGACUGCUAGCCACGUGUGCCAUGCCUGCCUGGAGCCCAUGAUGCCCGCAAAAGCCCAGAAGGGCCCCGGCGGCGCCGAGGACGGCACCUCCAACCCGCUGCUGCCCCGCUACUGCAGCCGGGCAUGCGCUGCGCCGCGCCUCCUUCGCGAUGGUCACCUGCUGCCGCUGCGUCGCGGCCUGGCCGACAUUUCCAGGGAGCACGGUGUGGACCCCGAGCUGCUCCACCUCCGCCCCGCGCCCUGGCGUGGGGCCCUGGGCCCCGCGCUGCGGGCGGUGCACGCCGAGCUGGCGGCGCUGGCGGCUGGCGGGAAGCUGGCGGGCUACGCCGCGCCCGGCACGCUGCCGGAGCUGCAGGCCCGGGCGGCCAUGCUGGCGACCAACCUUGUGGGCACGGGGCCCUCUACCGAGGCCGGGCUGGCCCUGUUCCCGGGCCUGGCCUCCUUCUCCCACUCCUGCAUGCCAAACUGCAUCUGGAUAGCGGCAGGCGAUACCGUGUAUGUCCGGACUGUGACCCCCAUCAAGGCCGGCGAGCCCCUGACGCUCUCCUUUGCCCCCCUGUAUGAGCCGCGCAGCGUCAGGAAGCAGACCCUGGCGAUGGAGCGCGGGGUGUCAUGCGCCUGCACGCGGUGCGUGUCGCCCCUGGCCACCUCCAGCGACCGGUUCCUGGAGGAGGAAGGGAUGCCUGCGGGCGAGGAGACCCCCGUGGCGGGCCACGAGUCUGUGCCCAGCACCCCUCGGCCCGGCGCGGCCGACUCCCCGCCUGCAGCCGAGGCGCAGGCGGCAGACCACAGCCAGUGCUGCGGCGGGCACGGCGACCACUCCCACCACCACCACGCCCCACCGCCCCUGACCUUCCCGGGAAAGUGGUGGAAGUGCUGCGGCUGUGGCAGCGUGGCCCCCGGGGUCGCGGAGCAGGGCCUGGGGCCCCAGCAGCUGGUGCAGCGCGCCGACCUUCUCUGGCAGCAGGGGCUCAUGCUGCACAACAUGAAGGUGGACGGGGGGGGGAAGGCCUACUCGCAGUCGGAGCAGAUCCUGCGGGUCCUGUGCGCUGGGCUGGCGGGGAGGCUGCACCCCCUCCACGCCAGGGUGAUUGACGCGCUGACGCCCCUGCUGAACAUCAAUGCCACCCACGCCAACAGCAGUGUGGUGAGGAAACAGUUUGACCGCAAAUACAAGCUGGCACACAGCGAACUGGUCUUCCUCCGCAAGAUGAUGCUGGGGCCUGAGGAGUGA